AUGCAGUCCCUGGGGCAUGUGCGGAGCUUGGCGGUGGAGCUGGAGGACGGGCAAGUGUGGGGCGCCUACGGCAGCGGGGAGCUGCUGCACGGCCGGGUGCAGCUGGAGCUACGCGGCACGGUGCGGCUACGGGUGCUGGAGGUGUACGCUUGCGGACGCGCCACCGUGCACUGGGUCGAGGGCCGCAGCGUGGGGCUCAACACCAUCUACCAUGACUACACAGCCUACCAGACCUUCCUGUACCGCCACUGCCAGCUCAUCCCCGACAAUGGUGAAAUCACCGUCCUGCCGGCAGGAAGGCACGAGUUCCCCUUCACCUUCCAGCUCCCCGAGACCCUGGCUACCUCCUUCGAGGGAAAGCACGGCAGUGUGCGCUACUGGGUGAAAGCCAAACUGCACAGACCCUGGUCAACAGUGAAGAAGGUGAAGAAGGAGUUCACUGUGAUUGAACCCAUCGACAUCAACACGCCGGCACUGCUGGCUCCCCAGGCAGGUGCUAAGGAGAAGCUUGCUCGUGCCUGGUACUGCAAUCGUGGCCAGGUUUCUGUGACUGCCAAGAUUGACCGAAAAGGCUACACCCCAGGUGAGGUCAUCCCUAUCUUUGCUGAGAUCGACAACUGCACAAGCCGAGCGGUGGUGCCCAAGGCGGCCAUCAUCCAGACUCAGACCUUCAUCGCUCGGGGCACCAAGAAGCAGAAGAAGUCGGUGGUGACCAGCAUCGUCGGUGACUCCAUCGCAGCGGGGAAGCGGGAAGUGUGGCACGGGCGGGCGCUGAAGAUCCCGCCGGUGGGUCCGUCCAUCCUCCAGUGCCGCAUCAUCCAGGUGGACUACUCCCUGAAGGUUUGUGUGGAUAUUCCUGGGACGUCCAAGCUGCUCCUUGAACUACCGCUUGUCAUUGGAACCAUCCCGCUGCAUCCGUUUGGGAGCCGCACGUCCAGCGUCAGCAGCCAGUACAGCGUCAACCUGGACUGGCUGAGCACCAUCCCGGAGCAGCCGGAGGCUCCCCCUGAAUACUCGGCGGUCGUGUCCAGCCCGGAGGCUGAGCAGAGCCUGGCUCCGCCGUGCCGCAGCGAACUCGGCGGCAUCCUGGAAGGUCCCUUCUUCGCCUACAUCCAGGAGUUCCGCUUCAGACCACCUCCGCUGUAUUCGGAGAUCGAUCCAAACCCUCCUUCAGACAACAUCCGUCCGCGCUGCAUGACCUGUUGA